AUGCGUUCAUUUUUUUCACUAGUCCCUUUAGAAAUAGACGCACGCGGAGAAAAAGCACAGCUCGCUUAUCAAAGUGCUCUUAAAGAUGGAGCUGUCAAUGUUUACCGUGGUCGAGUAUUGCUUAUUGGGCAAGAUCGGGCAGGAAAAACGAGUUUGAAGAAGUCUCUUAUUGGUCUACCAUUUAAUAGAAAAGAAAAAAGUACUGAUGGAAUUGAAGUGGAUCCUUCAAAAUUUCAGUUGGACGUUGAUGAAGUCAAGAAUUGGCGACCUAUUGAUGAGAGAAAACAAGGGUUCCUAGGAUGUUCGAAAGAUGUGGCGCAGGUGAUGGUGGAAAAGAUGUUUGAUAUUCCAGUUAGCCGUGACUCGGUUCAGGAGGAGGAAAGAGGUGAAGCAAUAGUUCAAAACGAUGAUAACAAGAAAAGAAAACAGGUUGGUGCUGAUGGAGAAAAGGAAGAAGUUUCUCUUGUGAACCAGGUUUGUCUUUUGUCUUUGAAAUGUGAUAUUUUUUCGUGAAUUCUUCGGUACUGCGAGAAUUCGAACGUCCUAACAGUAAUUAUUAUGAAUUGAUUAUUGCUUUCAUAAGUUAGGUUUUAGUGAGAAACUCACCACGGCUUCCCGGCCCUUUACUUCGAUGUCCGUAUAGAAAAUAUGUAAUAAUUGCCAAAUCGUGGUAAUCGUAGCUCAAUGUUUGAGCUUAUAGAGAAUUUUUUGUCAUCAAAAACAACUUUAAAUGCCUGAAUAAUAAUCGAAUCGGGGGAUGAAGAGGAAUAAUCCGGUGUUUAUUGUUCCAGCUGGAAAAUUUACGUUAUUCCAUUAUUCCAGUAAAAAAGAACUCGUUAUUCCGUCGAAAAAACCUACUUAUUCAAUUAUUCCGCCCCACAAAAUGGCGUUAUUUCCUUUUUUCUUACUCCAUUUUUUCUCUUCACCCCCAAAAUCGAGCCAGGUACGGUAAGUCUUCUAGAAUCAGAAUCAACAAUUAUUUUGUUUGUUGUUUUUUCGUACUCUGCUACAGGUUGGUGAUCCAAACGAAGACAGUGUUAGUGAACUCACAUUAACAGGACCUGAUCAUGAGUUAGUGGUUGAUACUACUUCACCUCCAGAGGAGAUCAAGGAACGAGCAGUUCAGUUGAUAAAGGAAAUACAUGAUGAAGAUUUUAAGCCUGAAGAAUCUGUUGUCAGUAUUGAACUGUGGGAUUUUGCUGGACAGCACCUGUUUUAUGCAUCCCAUCCCGUAUUCCUAUCAUCACGUGCGCUGUACAUCUUGGUGUGCAACCUCAGCAAGUCACUGCAUGACACAGCCAAGCCCUGUGUGAGGCAAGGAUCUCGUAAUGUUGAUUUGAAAAACCCAAAUGGAGAAACAAAUCUUGAGAACUUGUUGUCCUGGUUGUCCACAGUGCAUAGCAUCGCACAAAUGAGAAGAGAAACCUGUGAUGAUGUAGAAAAAGAGGUGCCUCAUUUGCGCCCCCCAGUGAUCAUUGUAGGAACCCAUGCAGACAAACCAUUUGAAGACAUUGAAACAAUGAAAACAGAAAUCCAGAACGCAAUUGCUGGUAAGGACUAUGAAGGACAUGUGGUGCGGCCUAUCUUCAGCAUUGACAACACUGCAAAAUUAACUCAAAGAAAGAUCAAGACAAUGGUUUUCGGAAAAGAUGAAAACAUUGAUGAGAUCCAAGCUUUACAAAUCAAAAUCAUGGAAGUGCUAAGACAGGAGCCUUACAUUGGGGAGAGGAUACCUAUAAGGUAAAAAAUGGUUGUACAAAAACAGAACCAUUAGAGUAAAUAUUAGAUAAUUUUGUUCUGAAGGUUUGAGCUGUGAGCGCACUGAAAUUACUGUUUAUGUGUAUGGCAUUUGUUUUCGCCAGUCCUUGUAAGAUUUUUCUUUGAUGUGCAAUGUGUUUCCGGUGUCCUAAGUAACUCAGUGACUGCGACGCUAUAUAAAAGCGUGGCCGCAAAACAUCUCAAGGCUGGUUCAUUGUAGUCCUUUACUUUGGUUAAAAAAAUACAGCGAGAACAGAAAAAAUUCAGUGAUUCCUGUAUGAGCCACCUGGCCGUCAUAAGAAAUAAAUCUCUCGUUGUUUGAAACAAGCUCACCAUGAAAAGCAGUUUUGACUGGCCUUAAGGAAUAUUCUGCCCUAAAGGGUUUUAUUAGCGCCGGUCAAAAUCGACCAAAAUCUUAAUUUCGUGGCAAGAGUUAAAAAAUCAGUUUCUUUCAUUUUUUGUUCAUAGAUAGCUUUUAGGUAGAUAAGAAACCUAUAGUAGAUUGUUCCUGCCGAAAGCUUUUUAUUUGUGAGAAAAAUUAGAAGAUCGGUUUUCGAUGUCGGAGUCUCAGACUGCCCUAAUUUUUAACCUGAAAUUCGCUAACAUUAACUUUCCUCGCGUUUGCAAACGAAGCCGCAUGGACAAAUUUGGACUCUUUCCAUGAACAGAAAAAUUCUUUUUCUUCCACUAAAAGAUACUUUUAGGGUAUUUUAUAUGUGGCAUAACUCCAAAUUCUCUUAAUGCUAUUUAAAUAACACAUUUAGACAUUCAUUUAAAACAUACCUGGGAAUUGGCUUGGGUUAUUGAAUGUAAUCUCCGUAAGACACCACCGAAGUUCAGGAAUUUUCAUGGUAGGCCGGCGGUAAUUGUCGAAACGCACAAAAGUAGAUAUUUACAGCCUAAAUCUUCGUUUUUUUUGUACUUCUUGUAGGUUUUCCCAUUGCAAAAUUUCUUUUUCCAAUCAAAGAGUGGGGUAAAAAGGUGAAACUGGGUCAAUUUUAGCCAUUUUGAAACACUGAACCCUACCAGACGGCGACUCUGCGUGACAAUCUGUUCCGUGACUGCACGUGACAUAACGUACGUUUGAAGAGACGGAGCCGUUAAAAUGACAGUCACGGAAUCACGGUAGUAACGCAACGCAAUUCUUGAAAGAGUAACAUUUUCGAUCCCGACAGUAUUUUGAAGAAGAAAAAGUCAAACGCGCUUUUUCUGGUACUCACUUUUUAUCGAAAAAUAUGGACUUUAACAAUGGUAAUUCGCUAAGGAUGACGGAACAGGAAGAUAUUUCGUCUUCUUACUUUGCGAUCGAGGAAACUUGGAGCCGUUAAAUAAGUAAUUUUGGUCACGCUUCACUAUUUUUACCGGACUUUGAUGCUUUCGUUUGGAGGCUGCCUAAAGGAACCCAAGCCAGUUCUCAGGUUUAGAUGAAUGUCUAAUUGUGUGAAUAAACGAGGACCAGGAAAAUUUGGAGCUAUACCACAUGAAGAAAAAUUCCGCAGAAAACAACUACUAAAUUAAAGUUUUUGUCACGGUAAAAAUUAAACCUGUUCUUCGUUUCUGAAUUAUGUUAGUUCAACGAGUCUUGAUAUUGCUUUGAAAGUAUCUUCUAGUGAAAGAACAAGAGUUGUUGUAUUGAUGGAAAGUGUCCAAAUUUCUCCUUGCGGUUUUAUUUGCGAACGCUAGGAGAGUUGAUGUUAGCAAAUUUCGGGUUGAAAAUACGGCCAUUUUGAGACUCCGACCACGAAAACUGAUAUCCUUACUUUUCUCGAGAAUAAAAGGCUUUUUGCGAGAACAACUUACAUCAGAUUAUUUAUCUACCUAAAAGCUAUCUAUGGACAAAAAAUGAAGGCAAUCGAUUUUUCAACGCUUGCCAUUCGAUGGUCGAUAUUUCCCGACCGUCGCUCUUAUAAUCUUACUUCGAAUUGACCAAAAAGCACCGUGUACAUUUCAAUUGUCGUUUUAAAAAGGUAAAGUAAAGUGGAUCACACACACAUAUUUAUCAAGUGGAUACAGUUAUCCACCUUUGGAACAACUGGGCCCUGUACUUUAGUCAGCACAGGUAUACUGUGUAUAUGUGACAUGGAUACUUAAACACGCGCUAUCAAUUUUCUGUUUGGUUUUGUAAACUAGGUGGCUGAACUUUGAGAAAGUCAUCAACGCUUUGCUUUCCAAGCCAGUUUAUUACCUGAGUAUAACAGAGCUACGGACCCAUGCCAAGGAGAAGUGCUUCAUCCAUGAUGAGGAAGAGUUUACUACUAUGGUGAAUUUCUAUCAUGACCUGAGAAUAAUUAUCCAGCACCGUGGCACAGUCAUCUUGAGUGCCAAGUGGCUGAUAAACUUGUUCGGGCAGCUGAUCACUAUUCCAGAUUUUACGAAAAUGGUAAGAAAUACAAUUUAAAGUAUUUUUAAACUUGCUAUGUUUUAUAACGGCCCCCAUUUUGGAUGACAUCACGGGUGUCAAACCGUGCCGUAACAAAUAAAAAUGAUUAUGUCACAUGCAUUGCACGCUAUCUUUCGUGUGUGUCAUCAGCACAAUUUACCUUUAAAGGGGUGCACUGGAAGUACAUUGCGUGACUUGUAGAAUUAUCCUCAAAUGUGGUCUUAAAGGAACGUCUCACAACAAAAAAGAGUGGAAAGGUACUUAUACGUCUGCUGAAACCAGCGACUCUUUGCGUUGACCAAUCAGAACGCGCUUUUAUAGUUUGUGGAAGUGAAAUUUGGACCGUAAGAAUUUUCCGGCGAGUAAACCAAAUGGAGGAUUCUGGCAUUUACGUGGCGCUUUAAAGAACAUUCUAUAGAUUUAAAAUCUGAGGUCUGUUAAAAAGAUGAUCCUGGAAGAAAGCUAUUUUGAAUAGUUUUGUGAUCAUUCAAUCAAUCAAAUCAAUCAAUCAAUCUUUAUUCCUCCUAAGAUAAAAAGACAUAUCUUAAGUUACAUCAGCAGUUGGGAUUCUAAAAAUACAUAAGACAUACUGUAUACAAAUAAUAGAAAGAUAAAAAUACAUAAGACAUACUGUAUACAAAUAACAGAAAGAUCAAAAUUAUAUCUAAAAAUAAGCCUAUUUACAAAAACAUUCUUAAAUCUAUCAGUCUUUAUAUCCGGGCGAUGAGCACUUUUGUUUCUGCGUUUAUACUUUGUUUCUUUCUUCUUCGGAAUGAUGUUACUAAGCUGGCAGUCGGGAUCCACUGAACGUACCCCGAAAAGCUUCUUAUCUGCCUUUUCUAAAAAGUUCUCGAAUUUCCGUUCUCUUAGCUGUGUAUUUCCUUUUAAAGCAUCUAUCCAGAAAGUUUUGUACGACCGUGAGAUCUGAGUCUACAGCGCCAUAAAUAGGCAGACCAUAAGUGAAAUUGGUAAAACUAAGGCGCUAAAUAGGUGGUCUACUUGACCUUGACUGAAACCUUCAUCGAGUAAAGAUCUUAAUACAGACACUUACAGUAUUUGCCUUAAUCAACUUAGCACGUACGUGUUCGCUAUAUUUACAAUUCUCCUGAAACGUCUCACCUAAAAUGGGCAGCUCCGUGCAUUGCGGAAUGUUAUUAACUUGCGCAAUAUCCUGAAUAAAACCUUUCUUGCGAAAAAUAAUUUCUUUACAUUCCUCUUGCUAUUCCGUCUUAGGUCCCUAAGUUUGCAAAGCACUGGAAGGAAGUCGAAGAAAGCGGUGUUCUCAGCAUGGAACUGCUUGAUCAUGUGUUUUCCAAAUUUCUUCUUGAGGGCGUUGCCAGGAAAGACAUUCUGGAUUUGAUGGAACAAUUUGGUUUGAUUGCAAAAUUUUCAUCUUCAAAGACAGGUGAAAAGUAUUUUGUUCCAUCUCAACUCAAAGCGUCACCUGAUUUCCUUUGUUCCAUGGCGCCCUCAAGGCUGGACCCUUGUCCCCUCUAUAUUUAUUUUGUCAGUGGUUCUGUUCCCCAUGGUCUGUUCACUCGGCUUGUUUCUAGAUCUGUCCGUUGGUGUUCUGAAGCUGGUCCAACUCAGCUCCCUACCCUGUACCAAAAUGGAGCGUGGUUUGUUAUUGAGAACAAAACUGUUCAUGAUUUUGUUCUCAUUUGUAAGAAGCAGUUUAUUAAGUUCUUUAUCAAGCAAAGAAACCACCCUCAGCAGAUCUCUGUGGAUGAGACAAGUGAGGUGGCAGUGCAGGUUCGUGAGUUUGUGGAGGCAACAUUGCAAGCUUUGUCACGUGAUCUCUAUAAGGGUGGAUUGCAGUAUCAUAUUCGGGUCGCCUGUCCGUAUUGUCAGCGGGAAAAGUGUCCAAGCCAUAAUCAGAUUGCAUGUUCUCAUGAAGAUUGUCUUCACCUCCUUGAGGUAAGACAAGGCGUUCAUCUGAUUUGCAAAAAGAAACCUACAGAUGAAGUACUCACAGUCCCAGGAAAGCAAAAAUGGUUCUCACAGACACCAAGUAAGGUAGGUAGCACUGAAAUCCCAUCUCUAUCAGUGCUGUUACAGUUAGCAUGUUACAUAUAAAUGGAAUGUUAACGUAAAAUUCCGAAAAUACGCCCCUCCAUGUAUAAGCCCCUCCAAAUAUAAUCCCCCAAUUUCGUAGAUAAACACCCCCAUUAAAUCGCCGCACCCGAAUAUAAGCCCCCCGGGGCUUGUACUUUGAAAUUGCCCUCAAAACAAAAUAAAACAAAUUAAAAACGGUACAGUAACACAUAAUGUUUGUAAUUUGCCAAAGAACUAUUCCUUGUGCCAAAUGAUUGCAAUCAAGAAGUGUCAGAGUGUAAUGCUGUUUGCGUAGUUCACUCUUCACUCUUGGCUUGAAUUUCUUCGAUCCAUAUAGCCAAAGUACUCGCAUGGCAGAGUUUUAGAAAGAGCUAGGUCCCCAUGGCGAGUUUCAGUCAAACCUUCGUCCAAAUUACUGACAUAAUUUUUUUUCCAACUCUAAUCUAGCCCUGUCGAUUUUGAGACGCAAAUGUCCCUCCCAUUUCCCUCCGUAUAUAAGCUCCUCAAAAAGGGCCUUUGAAAAAAUAUAAGCCUGGGGGCGUAUUUUCGGACUUUUACGGCAUAUUACUACUAAAUUGAUAUUAUGCUACUGAAAGGCUAGUCAUUUAUUUAUACUUAAAAAGCUUCAGCAAAGUUUGUGUGUGUUAUUAUUAGAUUACAAUGAUGUAUAACGUAGGCCUUCAUUUAACCUACCACAAGUUUCUCGCUGGGUAAAAAGAAGCAAGCAAUAGUUCUUAAAAUCAAGUAAUUUGAUAAGGUCAGUUGGUUACCAUAUAUGACUCAAAAUUCUAUUCAAAUUCUUUUAGCACUUUGCCAGACAAAUGGCUACCCUUGAACUGAGAAUCUCUUUACAGUGGCCAAUUAACAUCAUCAACUCUGUUGUUAAAUACCUACUGCAGCUGUAGCAGUGGGUAUUCAUAACCGCUUCUCAAGUCUUUCUUAACAAGCUGUUUGCUUUACAGUCAAACGAUAAGUUUAUAGCUUCUAACUGGAUGAUAACAUGUUUUGCAAACUUUCUUUCAAAGCGGUAAACACCCCAGGUGUACACUUUCUAUUUUAAAAUAUGCAAUUUUUGUUUCUGUACAGGACGUGAGUACUCCAUCAUCACCACCACCAUCAUCAUCAUCAUCAUCUGAUGCUGAACAAGGUCAUUCAGAACGUUUAAUAUUGAAAGUUACCCUCCUGGCGAACGAAUGGGGGUCGUCUAGGGGUGGUUUGUCAACAAUAAACAGAACUCUUGCCAUACAUUUGGCAAAAGACGAAAACGUAGAAGUGACCAUUCUUGUACCUGAAUUUGAGUGUGGAGAAAAAGACAAGAGAGAGGCCAAAAGUUACAACAUCUCCAUUAUAGAAGCAGGGCAUCUUCCUGGCUUCAGUGAUCCUCUUGAUUGGUUGAUCGUUCCACCAGAGGACCUUGACAUUCAGGUUGUGAUCGGCCAUGGAGCAAAGCUUGGUAAACAAGCGCAAAUUAUCAGAAAAUCUCAUCAAUGCAAUUGGGUGCAGGUUGUUCACACUGAGCCUGAAGAGCUGGCGAUGCAUAAGAACUAUCCAAGUGCCAUUGCCAAGGGAGAAGAGAAGAACACAGCUGAAGUUGAACUUUGUCAAAAUGCAGACCUCGUUGUAGCCGUUGGACCUAAGUUAAAAGAAGCGUUCUCGUGCAAGUUGCGUUUAUAUCAUCAAGAUAUCUUUCAACUAAUACCGGGUUCCUUUGCAGAGUUUUCAGAUAUUAAACAUGCUGCACAUGAUGGUGUAAAUUUCAGAGUAUUGAGCUUCGGUCGCGGUGAUUUGGAAGACUUUAGUCUUAAAGGAUACGACAUUGCCGCUAAAUCCAUAGUUGAACUGAAGGACAGUUCCUAUAUUCUGAUUUUCGUUGGUGCAUCCAAGGGAAGGCAGGAUGAAGUCGCAGAAAUCUUACUCCAGACUGGCAUUUCAAAGAACCAGUUGAUUGUGAAAUCAUUUGUGAAAGACAAACAAAAAUUGAGAGAAUUGUUUUGUGCUGUCGAUGUGGCCAUCAUGCCAUCAAGAACUGAGGGGUUUGGUUUGACAGCAUUGGAGGCCAUGUCAGCUGGUCUUCCCAUUCUGGUUAGUGGAAACUCCGGAUUUGGAAAAACACUGCGUAAACUUCCAAUGGGUGAGUCAUUUGUGAUCGACUCUGAUGACCCUAAAGAAUGGGCAAAAGCAAUUGCAGCCAUCCGUCAAAAAUCAAGGACACAGCGGCUUGAGGAAAUCCAAAGACUGCGAAGAAGUUAUGAUGAAAGAUUCAGUUGGGAGGGACAGUGCCAAGCCCUUGUUGACAGGAUGUGGAAGAUGGUCUAUGGUAAGAAAUCAAAUUGUAUAUGUCCAUUGCUUCUGCAAUAGCAAGUGCAUAAAUAUAUUUUUACUAUAUUAUGUAUCGUGGUCCAUGUGCAUCGCUGAAGAAAUAUUAAUAUUGUCGUUGACCUCUUUAACCUUAAUGGUGGCAUUCACAUUCUGCACACCGUUCUCCGUACACUUCUUGUGUCACUGAUCAAUUUCAUUUUUAAGACUUUUAUUUAUAAUCUUAUAACAUGUUGGCUACACUUAAAGGAGUUAGCGAUACAUGAAAAUUAAAAUCCAUAACAUUGCGAUACACCAAAGUCAUUUGAUUUCUAUUCAUAUGCAGUAGCAAUGGUGCUGUUCUCUUGUAUAUAAAAAGAACGUAGAAAAAAAAGACUAGCUAAACUUUCCGCUUAUAAUUUGUCACAAAAAAUGAAAGGGGGGCUUCUGAGGUUGAAAUCGUUUUUUUUUUUUUUUUGAGAGUGACAUUUUUUUUUUGUAAAUCAUCGCUUUUUAACUUUACAGGAAAUGGAAAAACCAAAGACGAUGACGUUCCACAGAACGACUGUGAAAAGGACACUUCAACAGAACCGAUAGCAGGUAAUGUUAUUGUUUGCUUUCUCAGUUGAACCAAAGACAAAAUUUAUUUUCGCAGCGGAGUGAGGUUCUUUUCUUCCGUUGAACCAGGGUACUUUCAAUUAUUGGGGUGCAUCUCCAAGUAAACUGACGUAAACUAACUGUUUCCCUCUCCUGCUUACAGGCCAAACCAUUUAAAUUCACUGCAAAUUUUAAACUUUACAGGUGUUGAGAAAAACCAAGAAGAUGACGUUCCACAGAAUGACUGUGAAAAGGAUGCUGCAACAGUACCGAUGGCAGGUAAUGUCUUUGUUUGCUUCGUCAAUCAAACCAAGGCCAAAAUAUAUUUUUGCAGUAGAGUGAGGUUAUUUAGUUCUUUGGAGACCACAGUAAUUUUUAAUUAAAUUGUCUGCUGUUUUGAGCUUCAUACCAGUGCACCACCUCGUAUUAAACUGGCAUGAAAUAACCUCUAUCUUAUGUUAAGUUUUUUUUCAUCUUCCGUUUACAGGCGAACCCUUUUUUAUUGUACUUGAACAAAUCAUACGGGAAGCACGCAUAGAGUCCAGCAAAACUAAGCUGUCGCAGGCUUUGAAGAGGGCUGCGUUGGAAAAAGGUUUUGCAAUUUCUGACAAUCAAGGAGGGGGAAACUGCAUGUUUUUUGCACUUUCAGAACAGCUUGACCUUAACAAAGGAAUAAAAACCUCCCAUGAUGAGUUACGCCGAACUAUUGUUCAACACCUUCGGGAAAACCCUAAGCUGGUAAGUGCCUUUUUCUGUUUUAUUAUUUUUAGAGUGGACAUUUUUGCAGUAUAUGCGCGUGGCCCGUCACUAAGCAAUUUAAUAGUUAACAUCCCUUUCCCCUCUCUCUCUUACACGUGUAACGGACACCUCCCUAAAACCUACUAAACCUACUCCACCUCCCUAAAAGUGUUUGUCUCUGCCGUUCUUAACUGUUUUUUUUUUUUACUUUUUUAAGGAGAAUAGUAUAGGGUGCACAGGUUAGGCCGCUUUUUUGUAGUGUAAUCUCAUUAAAAUGAAGUGGAAUAAAUAAUUUUCUCUCUUUCUCGAGAAUAAAAUGCGGUUGAAUCUCAUUAAGAUAACGCCACGAGCUAUUUUUACGUAGUAUUUAGUACAUCCAAUUAUAUAACUUGUUGGGAUUAUGCCCUUAUAUUGACAUAGGGUAGUCCAAAUUGUGUGUGUCAUGUCUUUAUUUGGUCAUGAAGACACCUGUGACUUAAAAUCACUGAACCACGAUGCCCUCAUUGUCCAUUGCAGACAUCUCAGGUUGUCUUCACACUAUACAGUAUAGCUUUUUCGCCGGUACGAAAAUCAUACUGGAUGGGGUUUCAGUUCACACAUGAGAACGGUGAUUUCGGCGCGAUUCCUUUAACGCGCCGAUGCAGCUGUCUCUUUCGAAAAACGGUCGGCUCGCUGCAAUUUUUUAGACACUAAGAAAAUUUUUGAUCUGUUAUUUAGAGUGUUUGUACACAAUGGGUAUGGACAAUGGGUAUGAGCAAAGUUCAGCGCGCCGCCUUUCAAGGAACUCGUCAAAUAUCAUCACAGUCCAUCGUCAGCCUUAUAAUGGGAGCUCCAACGCUCCAUUAUCGUUGUGCUUGAUUAACUCACCGUCAGCCAGCUCACUCAAGUUUUGUCUUCUGAACAGUCGCUCGGUGAGAAAUAAAACUGACGAUCUUGUCGAUUAUAUCUUGCAUGACUGUAAACCAGAUGUUGUAGCUAUAACAGAGUCUUGGCUUGGUCAACAUGAUGAUGCUGUGCGUGUGGAAUUAUGCCCCGUGGGCUAUAAUUUGUUGGAUCACACACGAGAAAAGCUUCGCGGGGGUGGGACUGCCUUGUUGUUUCGUGACUCCGUCUGCGUUCAUAAAAUCGACGCGGGAAACAGGACCUCUUAUGAGUUUUCUGAGUGGCUGAUCCAUCUGACAUCUGCCGAGAAAAUGCGAGUGGUUGUUGUUUAUCGCCCUCCCUAUUCUGGUGAACACAAGGUACCCACAAGCGUAUUUUUUGACGAGUUUUCUGCCUACCUGGAGUCGCUCUUAUUAUGUAAAGAACGGCUUCUUAUUUGUGGAGAUUUUAACAUCCAUGUCGAUUCUGUCGAUGAUCCUGAUUCAGUGAAAUUUGGUGAUUUACUUGAAUCGGUUGGACUGCGGCAACAUGUCAAAAACAGCACUCACAACAACGGUCACAUUCUAGAUCUAAUUAUUACGCGCUUCACGGACACAGCAAUCGGGUUUUCGCUCGUUACACUCAACUGCAACUGCCCUUCUGGAAGCUACGGAUAAUUGGGCCUUUAAUAUUGAUCGUGGCAAUGUUAAUGCUGUGGUUUUCCUCGAUUUAAAAAAGGCUUUCGACACCGUUGACCACGAUAUCCUUCUAGCUAAAAUGAACCUUUACGGAAUACAAGGUACAGCUCUUGAUUGGUUUAGGUCGUAUUUAACUAAUCGUACACAACGAUGUCUUGUUAACGGUUCUCUUUCUAGAAUCUGCUCUCUUAAAUGUGGGGUACCGCAAGGAACAAUCCUUGGCCCCCUUUUUAUUUCUUAUUUAUAUUAAUGACUUGCCAAACUGUUUUACUUCGUGCCAGCCUAGAAUGUAUGCCGAUGACACCCACAUUACUUAUGCUGGCGUUGAUGUGAAUUCAAUACAGUUAACUCUGAGUCACGAUUUAGAUAACCUAAACAAAUGGCUUAUUUCCAAUAAACUUACUUUGAACACUUCUAAAACUGAAUUCAUGCUAAUUGGCUCCAGACAAAAAUUGAGUACUUUGUCGAACCCACUUGAGCUCUCGAUUAAUAAUGUUCCGAUAGAACACGUUUCCUCUGUCAAAUCGCUUGGAAUAUUUAUUGAUGAAAAUCUACGGUGGCAAAUACACAUUGAUAAAUUAUCUAAAAAGGUCGCUUCCGGAAUUGGAGCAAUAAAAAGAAUUAGACCUUUUGUCCCUCCACCUACCCUUCACUAUAUAUAUAACUCACUAAUUCAAUCUCAUUUCGAUUAUUGCAAUCUUGUCUGGGGUAAUUGUGGUAAAACAUUAUUUGACAGGCUACAGAAGCUUCAGAACCGUGCCGCUCGCGUUUUAACCUUCUCUAGCUAUGAUGCUGAUGCUAACCGUUUGAUUAGACAACUCGAUUGGAAAGACUUGAGCACUCAAUUUCAAAUACAGAAAUCCAUAAUGGUAUACAAGUCUUUAAAUGGCCUUGUUCCUGAAUAUUUAUCAUCUAAGUUUGUUAAACGAAAUGAAACGCGUUACUCCCUGAGGGACUCUGUUAACAAACUAUUUGUCCCAUUUCCGCGAACUAAUUUCAUGAAAAACAGCUUUACUUAUAGCGGAGCAGUUCUCUGGAACAGCCUACCCUGUCAUGUGAGAGAAGCCGAAUCUCUUAGUCAAUUUAAAAGAUUAGUUAAUGUUCAUUUUUAAUGUUAU